AUGUCUGUGCCGGUAACAUACAAGCCAUCUCCUCUGGGCUAUGGCUCUUCACCUACUCGAAGCUCUCCAUUCCGUCGCGCCGAAUCACCUGCAUCGCCCUCUCCCCUAAGACAUACUACACCCACUGGAUCACCGACAAAGGCAGGACCUUUCGGCUCGACUUCGCGCUUUGCUAGACCAACAACUCCCACAAGCACACAACCCAGCUGGACACCAAAGGCCAAGACACCUGUUAGAGACGAGAUGAAUUCUUCGCCUUCGCGUAUGUCUCCGGUGCCGCCAAGGACCCCAGUGUCAAAGUCGCUUGGUAAUGGCAAUGCGCUAUCACAAUUGCAAGCAACUCAAGUCCGAACUCUACGGGAUGCUUUCCAGAUCAUGGACCGAGAUUGCGAUGGUGUCGUAAACCGUGAGGAUGUUACUGAUAUGCUCAACCAGCUGGGCCUACCUUCAAACCCAGCCGACGUAUCCAAGUUCUUCCCUCCAUCAGCGCCCCAGACAAUCACCCUCGCAGUAUUCCUUAACUCACUUGCCGACGCACUUGCAGCAUUGUCACCAAGCGCCGAGCUGCUCUCAGCCUUCUCAGCCUUUGACGACGAUGACAGCGGCCAGGUCGAUUUGGUUGAACUGCGAAAAGCCCUCCUGGACACAGCACCCGAACCUGGUGAGAAGGCUCUGACUGCCACUGAAGUUGAUAAGAUCAUGAACGGAUUCACUGGACGACGAGCUUUCAACCGCAACAUGAACGCUCAUCUGGGUGCCAAGAGAGGCGAGGUGUUCAAGUACCAGGAGUUUGUUGGCUCUAUCAUGGGCUCGAACAAUGGUUCGGAUAACCAGUCUCAUGAGAAUGGGGAUGAUUAA